AAAGCUCCUCGACCGACCCCACCUGACUGCCCCCAGCAGGGUCUAGAGGUGCAGAGGUCUUCAGCGCCUCACAGGCUGCUAGGGCUUCGACUGAGUGAGAAGUUAAUCAUGGCAACCAGCGGGGAAAACCCUACUGUGACAUCUGAUGAAACCAUUAUUAAGGAUGAGAAGGAUGAAGGUGCCUUUCAGGAAGAAGACAAUAAAGAUCUGAGUGGACCCCAGGAAGAUGUUGAAAAAGGUGAGACUUCAGUAGCAGAUGAGACUGAAACAAAAAAUCCUGGAGAUGUUCCUGGUGAAAUUGAUGAGGAUUAUAGGAGGGUUGAAAUCGAAAGUUUGCUGGAUGGAUUUGAAGGUGAUAUUGGCAAGAAUCUUCUUGAAGUGAUGAAAGGAUUUGAACUAUAUGUUAAAGCUUCCCUCCCAGAGAGUACCAGGGGAAAUGAACAAGGUGAAAGAACUCAGCAAAACCUAAGGGAUGAGAUCAAAGACUAUUAUUCCCAGGAGUUCCUGAAAAUAUUUCAGCAAUGCAAUGGGACAGUUCAGAUAUUUGAGGAAUUGUACAACAGUGUAAAUGAGCCGUUUUAUCAACAAAGUGUUUUCCCACCAUCAAGCUUGAAUCAAAUUCUGGAGGCAUUUAAGCAGAAAUAUGACAAAUUUUUAAAGGUAUGGGGAAUUGUAGUAUUGCCAUUACGAGGGUGUGCAGCUCAGGAAAGUGUCACAAAUGGCAAGGGUAUUGAGGAAAUGGAGACAGAAGAUGAAGUCAUUCUGAUGAAUGCACAAAAUGAUUUGGGAAACAUAUUAGCAUGGCUAUCUACGCUUUUGUUAGACAGGGAGCAGCAGCGAGAACUAGCAACUUUCUACAAGUUGCUUAAGUCCAUGUUUUUUGAUGGCUUUUGGAAGAAAGAACUUGUACCUAUGUAAUCUGAUUACAUCCAUUACAUCCAUCCAUUAAUCUGAUUACAUCCAUUAGCUAAGGGAGAUGUAAGUUGCUGCUGAGGUUUACAAAGUUUAGUAAGUUGUUAUACCUAGGUUUAAGUUUUCAUUUUAUGAAAUACUUUAUUAUGCAUAGAAAGCGUCACAGCUGCAAAAAAGCAAUGUCUGUUCUAUGUAAACAUCUGAAAUGCACCUUUUCAUUUUUGCAUUAGCAACUCUGCAGAUAACUAUCAAGCCCUUUCAGAGUUUCGGUAUUUAUUUUUUCAACAUGAACAGUCUUGCACCGAUAAAAUUUCAGUUGAUUUUACUUAUGGAUUCUUUGUGGCUUUAUCUGAACACAAUACAUAUCAUGUUAAAGUUGAAAA